UCUGAUAAUUAAAUAUGAAUGUGUUGUUCCUGUUAAGAAAUGCAUUUGGAGCCACGUCUCCACCUUUUAUCGACUACCUGAAGGAGAUUUUGAGAAGGUACCCUGAUGGAGGACAGAUACUGAAGGAAUUGAUACAGAAUGCAGAUGAUGCUAAAGCUUCAGAGAUCGUGUUCAUCUAUGAUGAGAGAAGAUACGGUACGGGCAGCGUGUGGAGGGAAGCUCUUGGAAAGUAUCAAGGUAGAGAUGAUUUUUUAAACAAAUACCCACUAGUGUUGCCCCAACACCAGGAGGGUGAAGAAUAGCACAUGCCUCCUCCAACACAUGUGAAGUCAGACUCCGCCUCUUUUUAAACUGCUGCUGAUGCUAUAGCAUUGCCGAGUAGCAUCACAGAGCUAACGCUCGGAGGAAAGCGCAGCAACUCGGUUCUGAUACAUCAGCUCACAGACGCAGCCUUGUGCUGAUCCACAUCACCCUAGGAGUGAUCAGGGGAAAGAGUGCCAUCUACUGUACCCACCCAGAGAGAGCAAGACCAGUUGUGCUCUCUUGGGGCUCUGGCAGCUGAUGGCAAGUU